UCUUCACUACAUUUCCAGUCCACAAGGAAAGUCUUUACUGAAACCCCUGAGUCUGUACGAAGGCGCAGCAGACAUGCCUGCAGACAUAGCAGGUCUGCUGCGCGAGUACCGUCUUCAGCUAGAGAAGGAAACUACAAGAAGGGAAGGCGCGUUAAACCAAUUCAAGUUGUUGCAGUUGAACCAUGCGCAACUUAUUCAAUACUGCAAGGAACUUGAAAAACAGAACUUUGAUCUUUUAAAACGAAAUGAGAAGUGUAAAGUUGCCGCCAAGUACCUCAAGUUCCAGCGCGACAUUGACCAAAAAGAUGUAAAGUUCCACCAAGAAACCAUGGACAAAAUGAAAGAAGUUUUCGAGACACAAAGAGAAACUCAGUUCCACGCAGCCAAGCACAACUUGGAUCUGGAGAACAACUUUUUGGAACUUAAAGGCAACUUUGAACUUGCCUUGGCUAUCAACGAGCAUCAACAGAAUCUACAGACCUGCAGCGAUCAGCGGCUUCAUUCAUCGCAGGUGGCUGGUCCAACUCAAACACAGCUCCAGGGCUCAACGUGCUCACAAUUCAACAGUUCAACAGCUGAUGAAUUCUCCAGUGUUCAGCGCAGCGACGUUGGAAAUGAUCCGAUACUUGUUGAAGUUGACAAUGCCUAUGUUGGAACACAGACUGAUGAAAUCGAACAAGAAGCUGAGCAUUCAACUGUUGUUGAAACAUCUUCGGUUGAAGUGCAAACAGACCUGUUGAACGAAAAAGUUUCUUCAUCUGUUGAAGUGCAAACAGAGUUCGUAGUCGAACAGGAGUCUGUAUUAUUACAAACAGAAAUAUCAACAAACACAAGUUCAUCACAAACCGUUGUUUAUUCAACAUCUGUUAAUUCAUCCCAAACAGAAUUGUACACACGCGUAAUCCCAACCCAAACAUGUAUACCAACAGACAUAAUUUCAACUCAAACAUGUAUAUCAACAGACAUAAUUUCAACUCAAACUGAUGUAUCAACGGACAUCAUUUCAACUCAAACUGAUGUAUCAACAGAUGUUAUUUCAACUCAAACGGAAACAGCGGAAAACAAUUCAACAUUUGCUGAUGUUGGAACGAUGGUGGAUGUUGAUGUUAACGAUACAUGGACGCAAACAGACCCAACAGAGAUGCAACAGGACAAUACAGGACCACGCAGAAUCCCUUCUACAUCAGUACAGCUUCAAACAGAUGAAUCUGUUACCGUAGACUCGGCGUCUCAAAUAGAUCUGUUCGAAUUGUCCUGGAAUGUAGACGCUUCUGUUCAAACAGACGUUGAACUCUCAAGAGUUGAUUCAGCUGUUGAAUCGGACCUCGAAUCAACAAUCGGUGCCUCAGCGCAUGUUUCUGUUGUUGAAUCCGCCGUUGCAAUCGUCGAUAAUGCCGUUGAAUUUGCAGAUUGCUUCUCGCAAACAGAAAAUGCAACAACAGGGACAACAGAGGCGUUUGUUCAAACACUCAAUCCUGCAACAAACACCGGCAAGGUUCAAACAGACGUCACUUUUUGGGAGGUGGCAGACAUCUCGCAUGCCGCCACCCAGACUGGAAAAACAGAUGACAUCUCCAGGAAUAAUUCCUCGAUACAUUAUAGCUCCCCGAAAGGGUCUAAAAGUAAACAAGUUUCCUUGGAUUCACUAGGCGUGCACGAAGAAGCUGUAGAUGUGUUGAACCUAUCAAACGACAGCGUCUUCAUGAAAUUUUCUAGGUCCCCUUCACCAAUACACACCAGUAGAAGUGAAGGGGAUGAGAAUAAGGAAGGAAGUAGAAGUUUUAUGGCUAGUACUAUGCUUUGUUCCCCUAGAAUAGUUCAGGGUACUAGUAGGAACGACUUUUCCCGACGGGGUUUGAGGGGAAAAUCUACGACCAACGGGUACUCUAAUGUCGACAACGAGGCUCCCGAAUGCAGCCAAGACGAGGUACUUGUGACAAAAAGCAACAUCCCUUCAUCUGUCCAGGUAGAACUUGGUAGAUAUCCUCAGGAUAUCUUCCAAAAUAGGAACGAUUUCAUCCCAACCAAAACUACUCAUACCUCAGAUUCUACUCGUGUUGACACAGCCCUCGGUGGAGGCUCUGGCCGAGUCAACAGCGAACUUUUCCAGAAGCUCAACGAUAUCGAGACAGAGAUUUUAGGUAAAUUUCACGAAUCUGCUGCGUUACAAGAACUUUCUGAACUGCGUUUAAAAAAUUACAGAGCAGAAGUAGAAGAACUACGGGCUGAAGGGGAGGAAAUCCAGUCUAACUUCAACAAAAGUAUUUCAGAAAUCAAAAGUGUGUUAAAUAACUCGGUUGAUGUUGCAGACGCGACUAGAACGCAACUGAAACCGGUUGAGCAGACUCUUACGCAAAUGAAAUUGGCAUUCAACUUGGGAAUUGAUGAACUGAAAAGAAAUGCGGCAAUUCAGAAUGAAAUUUGUAUAGCUCAUAUCGAAAAUGUACUUACCACUAAAGUGAAGCAAUUGAAAUUGGAUGAUAAAUUGCACAAAAUCAGUGAGGAAUUCAGGGCGAGCCUAACCGAGUUGAAACAAGAAAUCAACAAAACAAAAAGCAAGGAGAAGUCCCUAAGCGAAGCCAUUAAUAAUCCUAAUCAUGAAAGAGAAUUUCAGAAAGCUCUUCUGCCACUUGAAGAAUCUUUCAAGUAUCUUAUGGAAACCUCUAUGAAUCGAGGCGAGGUAUUCAACGAGCAGUUGAUUGCUCAGGUGGCCGGCGCUGUUGAAUGCCUGCAGAAAGCUGUUGACAACAACGAUCGCUUCAACAGGGCUCUGAAAUAUAGGGUUUCCAACACCCAACUCCAACUCUCAGAGUCCGUUGAGGAAAAUUUCCUGAUUCUUCGGGACCAAAUCCAGAAACAACAAGAAGGUCUCCUAAAGAAAUUAGGCGAAGUCACGACAGGACUGCAAAAAGUGAAUAAUUUCAGUAACGACGCCUUGGAAGUCUCAGCUUUGUUCGCUGAACUGAAGAAUCUGUUGCAGACCGCUUAUUCUGAUCGACAUGCACUCGUUUCGUUGGGCCAAGAAAACGAAACUUUGAAAAAGGAACUUCAAACUCUAAGGGAUCAGGAUAGUUCAAAGUGCGCAAAUGGUACUCAGGAACAUACCGUUUACCACCACCGUACCACUGAUGAGACAAAUACCAGUGGAGUUGAAGAAGCCCCUGCCGAAACCACCUACAGGAAAGGUACCACUGAAGAACCACCGCCUCAUGCCACGUGUGUCUUGACAACCAGCAUUUCAGCGAACCAUUCUGGCAGAGACAUUGCAGCUGAAAACCAGGCUUUGUCUCUUGAAGUUGCAAACUUGAAAGGAAAGCUGGAGAUUCUUACGGACUUAAUGAAAGGUAAAGAGGAGAGUCGACGAACUUCAGACUUGAUUGAACUAAGAAUCGAUCCGAGCACAAACUCAAGUUUCGAAGAGUAUAAAGUUAAUUCUAGCGGAAAGUUAUGUGUUCUAAGGCGCAUAGACGAUGAUUCUAAAGCUCGACGAUCUUCUAGUUCGGAUUUUUGUGUAGGUUCAGAACACUUGGAUGUCAAAUCUCAUUUUAAAAAGAAUUGCGAAGAGAAUAAAUAUAACAAUCAGGAAGUAAAGGAUCUUGACAGGAGAAAAAAAGUUGAUAAUGUGACUGAAAUGGACAUAAAAAGCCAAGGAAAUGUACAGCAAUUAAGUGAACUGGAAAGCAGAAUUUCCACUCUAGCUCCUGAAAACCAAGAACUAAAAUCUUCUCUGACCCAAAAAAAUGCCACUAUAGAAGAUCUGAAACUAAAACUGGAGUGUUCAGAGACUAACUUAAAAGAAUUGGAAUUGAAAACUGGUAAUAUGCAGUCGAGAGUUGCCUAUUUGGACGAAUUACUGAAGGAAGAGCACCAAAAGUUGGUGGAGAGUCAGUUCGACGUGGAACGCUGCAAGGAAGACAUCUUCCUCCUCCAGUCCGAGAACAAAAAGUUGGUGCAAGAAGCCCGGAAAGUUCGCGUCUUGCAAAGCAAACUUAAUUUGAUGACUACUGAGAAAGAUAGAAGAGAACUGGAAGUUGAUGAGUUGUUGGAAAGAGUGAAACAACUUGAAUCAUCGGUCAACGAUGGACUCAUGGGUCAACUUCAUGAAAUGAGGCUCAAAGUUCUAGACUCGGACAAGUUGAAGCAGGAAGUUGAACGUGAAGUGGUACACGUCAAGUUUGAGGUCGAGGCUCUGGAGCAAAAGUUGAGGUUGAAAGACCGGAGUUUGGUGCAAGAAAGACGACUUUUUGAGGAAAUGAAAAUAAGUCUUGAAGAGAAAGACAUGUUGUUACGUGAAGAAAAAAUACGUUGUGAGAAACUUCGUUCAGAGAAUUCCAGCUCUCUUCGUUACGUUGAAGAUUUAAAAGAUGAAGUUCAAAGGUUGAAAGGAUUGGCCGAAGAGAAAGAAAUAUCCUUGACUGAAGUUAAAACGGAAGUAAGUGAGACAAAAAACCAGCUUAGAGCGUUGAAGAGAAGCGAAGAAACAUUAAAAGAUAAAAAUAAACUCCUCGAAGAAGAGAAGAACGCGUUCCUCCUGGAAUUAAAGCUCCUGAAGAGAGAGAAGCAAAAUGCGGAAGAUGAGUUAAAUGCGAAAAAACUUCUGAACCACGAAGAAGUUCUUGCCCUGAGAACUAAAUACGACAAGCUUGAACAAGAACUCAUGCUAGAUUUAAUACAUAAAGACGCUUUGGAGCAAAUAAAGCUAUCUUUUGAAAAUAAAUGGCUGGCUGAGAAGCAGCAAGCUGAGGCUGAAGCGCGCAGGCUAAAGGACAUGAACCAACGGCUGCAAGAGGAACACAACUCCAGCAUCAGGCAGCUGGGGAAAGAGAUGACCAACUGGAGGGAAGAGUGUCGUAAGUUGAACACCAAAGUGAUUCAACUGGAAAGAGAGAAGAAUCUGUUGAAAUCUAUUUCAACGGACAAGCCUCUUGUUUCGUUCAGGGCGGCAGACUCGAGGAAGGUCGGUACCUCCAAGAAUAUUGUGAGUGCUGGAGAGACUAUUCAUUCCCUCAAAGACGAUGAAAAACUUUUUGGAAUACAAUCUACAUUUAACAAAAUGUCUAAUAGUUCUCCUAAACCCAAGCUAGCCCAUCACAUCAAUAAAAUUUCCAAAUCUGAUCGUGACGAAACCAACUUCACAAAACCAUGCACGGACAUUUAUGAUAGCGUUUCUGAUGUUUCACCUCCUGGCCAUGAAGUUCCCAACCCAAUUUCAAGUUCCAGAAAAACCACUCCCCAAAAAUUCCCCAACUUGAACGCGACCAACGAACCUGACCAGCAAAAGCUGAGCAGAAUGUCGUCUUUAAGACGAAGUUCAUUGGCACCCGACACAGACGCGGCGUCCAUAGCGAACCUGAGGAGGAUCGUAGCCAGCACCUCCUUCAGCUCCUCGCUCCCCAGGCACCUUGAGAGGGCUGCACCCCCCGCGCCCUGCCGGUGGUCUAACGGCACCUCAAGACUAGACCAAGUCCUAAGCAGCGUCCCCAGGUCAGACCCUAAACUUGUAGGACGCGCCUACCGCCACUCGGAGGAGCUACAAGAGGCGCUGCACCGAGCCUACGCUGACACGCGACAAGCUCGUGACACACUUGGCGACGCUGAGUGGGUCAGCCCUGAGAACUACGGCUACACGCAGCUCAACUUCUGCUAG